GAGAGAGAGAGAGGCACAGAGAGAGAGAGAGAGAGAAAGAAAGAAAGAGGCAGAGAGAGAGAGAGAAAGAAAGAGGCACAGAGAGAGAGAGAGAGAAAGAGGCACAGAGAGAGAGAGAGUCGAGCGAGCGCGCCGCGCAAACUUGGCGGAAACUUAAGAGAAUGCGCCAAAAGCCCACGCUUCUCCUGCUGCUGCUGGCGGUGGCUGCUGCUGCUGCUUCUGCAUCCUAUGAAUUCGAGCAGAAUGACUCCUCCGUCAGCCCCAGGAAGGUCAGGCUCGCAGCCCAAAACUCAGCGGAUGUGAUUCGAUGUCUAAACAGUGCCCUCCAAGUGGGAUGUGGGGCUUUUGCCUGUCUGGAAAACUCUACGUGUGACACAGGUGGCAUGUAUGACAUCUGCAAAUCUUUCCUCUACAGCGCUGCUAAAUUUGACACUCAGGGAAAGGCCUUUGUAAAGGAGAGUCUGAAAUGCAUUGCCAACGGCGUCACCUCCAAGGUGUUCCUGGCCAUUCGCCGAUGUUCCACAUUCCAGCGUAUGAUUUCGGAAGUGCAGGAAGAAUGUUAUAGCAAGCUGGACAUCUGUGGCGUUGCAAAAAGGAAUCCAGAAGCCAUCACAGAAGUGGUCCAACUCCCAAACCAAUUCUCAAACAGGUAUUACAGCAAACUUGUGAGAAGUUUGCUGGAAUGUGGGGAAGAAACAGUCGGGACCAUUAAAGACAGUUUGAUGGCUAAAAUUGGACCAGACAUGGCAAGCCUCUUUCAUCUCCUGCAGACAGAUCGCUGCGGCCAGAUUCAUCCAAGAGCAGACUUCAAUCGGAGACGCAUCGCGGAACCUCAAAAGUUAAAAAUCUAUUUGAGGAAUCUCCGGGGGGAGGGACCUUCAGCGGCCCACGUGAAGCGUGAUUCUUCAGAAAGUGUGUAAAUGUGCCACGGAAUGAGUAGAGAAUCCCAGUUGUACCAAACUAAGAAAUUGCUCUUUUUUAUUUUUUUCUUUUGCAUUCACAAUACACCAGAAAUGUACUGUAACUGACUUUCUAAGGACAUUGAGCCAAUCUAUACAUUCAAACAAACAAAUGAAAAGGACAUGGCAUUGUUUUCCUGGGACUGUACCACUUAAAGCAAGGGUCUCCAAACUUGGCAACUUGUAAGACUUCUGGACUUCAAUUCUGGGAAUUGAAGUCCAGAAGUCUUAAAGUUGCCAAGUUUGGAGACUCCUGACUUAAAAGUUGAGGUGGGGAAAACCGCCUAUUUAAAGCUUAAUGUUGCAAAUGUACUCAUGCUUAAAUAGUUCUUUCAACAGUCUAAAAUACUUCAUGAGGACCUCCUUUAAUUGGGAAAGAAUAGAAAGAAUCUACUUCUCCUCCUCUGCCAUUAAUCAUAAUAUAUUCUGAAGUGGUACAGUCAGGAAUAAUUGGUUCUCCGUGUUUUUUAUGGAAGUAUAGAUUGGUCCCUAGUCAUCGGCUAUAGAGUUUUUACUUCUCAUCCCCCCCGGUCCCGCUUCACCCUUCAAACAAACUGUAUGAAAAUAGAAUUCUGGUUAGGACUGUAUCAAAGCUCCAUUUCAUCAUGGAAGGUAGAUCUCUUGAUCUGCCCCCAACAGGUCAAAUGAAUAUAAGCUUUUCUUGAAAGUGACUGUAAGAGCACUUCAACAGACACCAAACUUUCCUUGUACUGUAGCUCAAACGACUUGACAGUCGGAUAGCAUAGAUAUAGUUCUGCUUAUCCUAAGGGGAAGACAAGAAUGGGGGAGUCUAAAACAAAACGAAAGAAGAAAUAAAAAGAUGUUUUCUGCAGGUCUCAUUGGACCAUGGAUACGAAUGGUACUGUUUCAUAGGCAAACAUCAGAGUCCUAUCUAGACUCCGAAUCUCAGUGCUGCAAGGUUUAAUUUUUUUCACUUUUGAGAGUUCCUGAGAUGACUGUUUUUAAUCAACAUUAACCUCUUCCGGGGUGGGCUUCAAAAAUUUUAGCAAGGGGUUCUCUGCCCGGUUGCUGGGUGGGCAUGGCCAUGGUGGGCUUGGCCUAAUCGGCCUCCUGCACCAUGGUGGGAAGGUGUUUUUGCCCUCUCCGGGCUCCGGAGGCUUUCCUCGAGCCUCCGGGAGGGCGAAAACAGCCUCCCCAUGCUCUAGAGGCCCUCUGGAGGCUGGAAACUGGCCCAUUUCCAACCUUUCUGAAUUUCCGAUAGGCCCGUUUUUCGCCCUUCCCAAGCCUCCGCGCACUUACCUGCAUCCAAAACGGGCUGCGUGGGGACUCCUCGGUGGGGCGGGGUGGCUAGGGCCAGUCAGGAGUGGGAUUUGGGGGUUCUCCGAACUGCACAGAAUCUUAGCUAGAGGUUCUUCCGAACCCGCGUGAACCCCCAGCAGCCCACUCCUGACCUCUUCAAAUUCUGACCAUAAAAAAGGAUCUUACAGCAAAUGAGCAGUUCAUCUUGGAUCACUUGGAAUGUUGUCCCAGCCUUUCCAAUUAAGUGAAGAAACGAAAUGUUUUUGCUAGCCUGAGAACUGACCCAACAAACGGCUAAGUCUUGAACUUUUCUAACAACUAGAUCCUCCCCUUCAAGUCUUCCUUAAAAAAAAGGCAAUUUGCCAAAGAUUAGAUAUUUAUCUUUUAUUUUUUUUCUUAUACUACCCUGCAAUGUCUAGAGGUUGUAAGCAGGUGGGGUAAGAUGACACUAUAAAGUAAUGUCCAAGUUGUUGUUCUGGGACCUUGAUACACCAACAACUUGUAUGAAAUGUGCUGCUGUCUUUGCAUUGCGAGAGUUUCACUUCCUGUGGACAAUUCCUCCCCACUUUCCAUUUUAACAUACGGCAAGAGCUUAGCCCUAGAAUUGUCAAUAGUGCCAUGACAAAUGAUGCUUAAAAUCCGUCUUCCUCAUCCCACUGUUCUCCUGAUGUGUUAAUCCAGGGGUGUCAAACUCGCGGCGUCACGGCGGCGUCACGUGAUGUAUUGGGACUUUUUCCCCCUUCGCUAAACCAGGCGGGGACGGGGCCAGCUACGCGACGCAUCCAGCCUGCAGAGCCGCGAGUUUGACACCCCUGUGUUAAUCUAUGGGUCCCAUCACUCUCCAGCAGCAUGCUUGCUCUAGAGUGAUUGUAGACAUAUUCCAACACAUCAUAAGAAUACCGGGUGGGAGAAGACGGUCUAGAACCUUGGCCUAGUUCUCACCGGGAUGGUGAAAUUGUCUUGGACUGCACGUCUUGAGGCUGUAAGUUGAGAACCUUGUGAUGGGAAUGUGGCAUGAUCAGAACAAAGUGUUUGCAUGUAGAAAUUGGCAUGUGUAGGGGUAGGGUUGGUGACAUCUCAGUGGACAUACUAUCUUGCUAGAAGAAAGUCUUAUAUGUUAUUUGGACAGAAUGGCAGUUCUUUUAUUUUAAGAGUAGCCUCUUACAGUUUGAAGUGGAAGGUCCUCACUAGUGCAGGGGUCUCCAACCUUGGCAACUUUACGACUUGUG